AUCUCAUCCUCAAAACAACUUCCCCCCAAAAAACAGAGCUAUUUAAAGGCUGGGAAUUCCCUUCGAAGAGUUCAAAUUUCAAUUUUGGCAAUCAAUAGAAGCAAUUUAUUCCCGGAUUUGAAGAUCCUGGAUCAGGUCAAACGCGUGAUCCCUCGUAGUCGACAAUGAUGAGAAAAACGAUCCUAUGGUUUGCCCUGGUGGGUUGCGCAUUCGCAGCUCGUCUGGACAAUCUGUACGGGGCACCUGCUCCAGCUGGGGCUAGCCGAGGUGGUGGAGGUGAUGGAAGUUUCUUGAGCACUCCCCAUCAGCAGGGUCAGUUUGGCGGGUCACCUGCCAAUCAGUAUCUGCCCCCUCAGGUUGGCCAGGCUAGCAAUCAGGGAGGAUACCAAUCGGUGCUUCCUCUGGGUGGUUCUCCCUCAGGACCUCAAGCCCCAGGACAGUUCGGAUUCAAUCCUCAACCUCAGCAAACUUCCCUCCCUAAGCCUCCGGGCAUCUAUGGAGGACAAUCUUCGGGACAAUCCGGAAGUUUCCAGCCGGCCACCUUCCAGCAAGGAUCUUACCAACCAUCGGGAUCCGGAUUCCAGCAACCACGAACCACUCCAAUCCCGAUCCUACGCUACGAGAACAUCAACAACGGUGAUGGAAGCUAUCGUUUCGACUAUGCCACCGGUAAUGGAAUUCAGCACCGCGAGGAAGGCUACAACCGUAAGAUAGGACCGGAGCUCGGCGAGCAGAUCGUCAAUGGCGGAUACUCGUACACUGGCCCUGAUGGUAAGGUCUACAGCGUCCAGUACAAGGCCGAUGCCGGAGGAUUCCAGCCCGUGGGAGAUCAUCUGCCAACUCCUCCGCCACUGCCCCAGGAACUGCAAGAAGCUUAUAACCUGCACGCAAAACUGUACGCCGAAGCCGCCGCUCGGCCGAAGAAUCCCGCCUUCCAGGGACCUCAACAGAGCUACCAGCCCCAGCAACAGCAACCAGGUCAGCAGUACGGAGCCCCCCAACAGUAUCGGCCAUCAGCCCCAGCCCAACAGUACGGAGCACCCCAGGGUCAGUUCUCGCAGCAGCCACAGUAUCAAAACACCGGCAGCACCCAGCAGCAAAUUCAAGGUUUCCAAUCUGCCCCCGCCAAUCAGUAUCUACCCCCCACAAGCCGGCAGCAAAGCUUCAAUCCGAACUCUGGCUACCGGUAUUAGACCAACUAAACACCCCCCAAAAACCACCCUCUGCCAACAAACGAAAACUUAUCCCUCGCCAUUUUCCACCCCCAACUCUUUGAAAAAAAAAAUCACCAAGUCCGUACAUAAACUCAACUCUCGAGGUGACCGUGCCGCAAAUUGGAACAUUCGGAACGGAUUCCAACAAUGGAUAGCCAAUUUACGACCCUUAGCGAGCAGCAUUUUGUGAUCGAUAAUGGAGAGAUGAUGAUGAUGAUGCGUUAUCGGUUGGGCGAUAAAUCACCACGAACAUCACGCGGCUAUACGUAGGAUCGCGGUGAUGAAGACUUACUAAUAAAAGCCACCCACAACAGUUCACCACAGCCAGUCCAAGAAACUGCAACAAUACAAUGCAUAAAUAACGCAUAAACCAAAACCAAACAUAAACAACCUAACCUCAAAAGAAUAACAAACGUUUAAAGGGAAAAAAUGAAGAGUUUAGAAAAAAAACACAAUAGAUAAUGAGAAAAAGCAGAAGAGCGAAAAAGCGCAUCCCUUGUCUACAUGAGUGUGUACUAGAAAUUGAUUGCAUCCCUUCGGAAAAAGUCGGUUGCAGCCUUGAUGGGGGGAGGGUUCUAGAAGUGGAUCCACCACCUGUUAGUUGCUACCUCUCCACCGAUGGCCACUAAAGAUGGUUGCCAUCGAUUGGAUGAAGAUAGUGACUAGUGCUGAUGAUGAAGAUGGCCAGAUUCGAUUAGGAUUGAACAGAAGCAGCAGCAGCAACAACAGAAAGAGAAAAAAAAAACUAACAAGCAAGUGUAGCUUUAAUUUACGUUGAUCGCCGAACAAUGGAGCCACACCUUGUAAAUACACGCAGCACCUGAAAAAAAGCAUACCUAUAGAGUCCCAACAUGAUGCAAGAUCGAUAAUAAACGAAAGACAAAAUAUGAAAUAA